ACAUAAAUCUGUGAAGUGGGGUCGGCGUUAUCCGGACAGACAAGAGAUCGGAGAAGAGAAGAGAGACCUAAAAGAUUUAAAGUCCGGCUCCCCUCUCUCCGCCACCACAGGAGAAAGAAAACGUUUCGCUCGAAACGUUUCUCUCCGAAACUUACCCAUUUCAAGUUAUUACUCUACACGCACAUCACUCUUCUUGUAGAAUCGUAUUCGGUUUCUGGGUCACAUACCAUGGUGUGAUAUGCAUUCAGACAAGGAUUUGGCAACAAACCUCAAAUCCUCUAAUGUUGUUUUAUCUAUGGGUGCUACUACUACUACUACCACCAUAGAAAAACCAAUGCAAGUGUCUCAUUCUGAUUUCAAGUUGUGGGGAUGGUCCCUCCUUUCUUUUGUACCUUGGGGUACCAGCACUAAGGAUAAUGUUCAAUCAACGACUAUCAUAAGUGAAGGAUUAAAAAUUACAGACAAUGAUUUGGGAACAAGCCUCAAACCCACAACUCCUUUUUUAUCUGGGAUUUCUACUACUACCAUUGAAAAACCAAGGCAAAAUUUUCAAUUUGAUAUUAAGCUUCUGGCAUGGUCCCUCCUUUCAUUGGUACCUUGGGCUAUCAAUGCUAGAGAUAGUAUUCGGACACCGACCACCAUAAACAAAGGGCUGAAACGGCGUGCCCAAUCUCGUCAUGUUGUUCAAAAUAGUGGUAGUGGUGGUACUUCGUUGCGCUUUAGACCAUAUGUCUCUAAGGUUCCAUGGCAUACUGGUCCAAGAGGCUUUCUGUCUCAGCUAUUUCCACGCUAUGGCCAUUAUUGUGGGCCCAAUUGGUCGAGUGGAAAAGAUAGGGGUUCUCUUCUUUGGGAUAAGAGGCCAAUAGAUUGGCUGGAUUAUUGCUGCUAUUGCCAUGAUAUUGGUUAUGACACUCAUGACCAAGCCAAGCUGUUGAAGUCAGAUUUAGAAUUUCUGGAGUGUUUGGAGAGACCGAAUAUGAUUACUAAAGGAGAUAACAAUGUCGCUCGUGUUUAUAAGACAAUGUGCAUCACAGGACUCAGGAAUUUCCUGAUACCAUACAGAACACAGCUUGUGAACUUACAGUUUGGACGAUCCAUGCUUAAUUUUGGAUGGCUGAGCAAUGUGAAAUGGCGAUGUUGGAAAUGGCAGAAAUCAUGAACAUGACGAGAAGAUCUGAGAAGUUUCCAGCGACAACAUCAUUGGUGAAUAGAUUAUCCUAAGGCGGACUUGGUUUGGAGCACUUGGAUUUCAGCUAAAUACCUGUACUAUUGAAGUUUCCUGUGCUAUUGAAGGUAUAGAGGGAGUUUGUCUGUUGGAAAGUUGAGGUUCUAAAUCUCAUCUCCUGAUCUCAGAGAUGCAUAUAAUGUAAAUAACUUUGUUUGCGCACCAUUGCCAUGUUUUGUUUGUCAAAUGUUGGCAACACUGUGUAUUCUAUCAUGUUGCUAGGCAUAUGUAGAACCUGUAUAUUUUAGACAAAUAUUGAAUAGGUGUUCUCUUUGAGCAUAACCAUAUCUAUCACAUUUUAUUGGUAGCUGGAAUUUUCAUUUUUCA